AUGGCCAGGGGAAAGGGCGAAAGAAAAGACAAAAGAAAGUGGCCGGAAGGAAUAGGCCAAAAGGAAAAACGCCAAAGAAAAGGCAAAGAAAAGGCCGAAAGAGUGAGAGAGUCCCAUAAAAGGGCAGACGGAGGAGGCCAAAGCCAAAAGCCAGAGGAAAGGCCGGAAGGAGGGGCGAAGGAAAGCCGACAGAAAGGCCGAAGGAAAAGCCAACCAAACAGCCAAAGGGCAAAGUUGCGAAGAAAAGGCCGAGGGAAAGGGUGCCGACAGAAGGGCGAUGGAACUGGCACAGAAAGGGCGCAGGAAGGCCGAAAGAAAGGCCAAAAGGGAAAGGCCAAAGGGAAAAAUGGCGAAGGGAAAGGCCAAAAAAGUACAAAAGAAAGGGCAAAAAAAGGGCAAAGGCAAGAGAAGGGCGAAAAAAAAGGCGGAAAGAAAGAAGGAAACGGGGGAAAAAGAAAUCGGCAAAGAAAAAGGGGCGAAAAGCCAAAGGAAAGGAGCCAGAAGGAAAGGGGAAAGACGGCCGAAAGGAAAAGUCACAAAAAAAACGCACAAGGGAGGUCAAAGGGCCAAAAACAACAAGGAAAGGCGAAAGAAAAGGCGGAAAGAAAGGCGAAACGAACGGACGAGUGGAAGGGCCAAAGGAAUGUGCCGAAGGAAAGCCCGAAUAGGAAAGGGGUGAAGGCAGGCCAAAGAAAGGCAGGAAGGGAAAGUGCACAAGCAAAGGCCGGAAGGUCGGAAGCGGAAACACAAGAAAAGGCCAGGGGCAGAAGAAGGCGGAAGGGAAAGGCCGAAGAAAAAAGCAGAAGAAAAAGGGCCGGGGGGCAACAAGGAGGCCAAAGGAAGGACGGAGGGAAAGUGCCGAAGGGAAAAGGACGAAACGAAACGCGAAGGUCAGGGGUCCAGCGGAAAGGCCGAAAAAAAAAAAGCCAACAGGGAGCCAGGGCGAAAGGAACGACAAAAAAAAGGUGGAAGAAAAGGCGGGAAGGAAAGGCAAAAAGCAAAGGCAAAGAAAAUGCGGAAGAAAGGCCAAUUGAAAGGGCCGAGGGGUGGCAAAGGAGGGCCGAAGGGGAAGGCCAAAGGAAAGGCGGGAAAAAGGAAGGCCAGGAGGGAAAGGCAAACCGAAGGGGAAGGAAACGGUGGGAAAGAAAUGCCACAGGGAACUGGCCGAAGGGGAAAGGGUACAAAGAAAGGCACAAGGGCCGAAGGAACAGAGCGAAAGAACGAGCCGAAGGAACGGCCUGCAAGCAACUACCGGGGAGGAGGUGUCCAGGGAAGGGCCAGUCGGAGGGAAAGCGUCAGGGGAGACACGACCAAGAAACCCGAACGGGGGAGAAACUGAAAACGAAGGAACGGCCGAAGGAAACUGGGCGGGGGAACCGGGAGGCAGGAGAACACAACGCCCGAGGCGGAACAAGGCAAGAAGCGGGAGCCCGUCAGAGGCGCCGGGACAAACGUGCGCGAAAAAAGCGCAGGGUCGGGGCUGGGGCCGUCAAAAGUGGGAUGGCCCACAACGGCAACAUAUCCCAAAGAAAAAGGGGACGCCAAGGGAAAGAAAACACAGGCAAAGCGAUGGCAAAGGGGAACGGGGGCAAGGGAGUGGAAAAAGCCGUGCAGAACGGGCAAAGGCGCAGACGGAAAAACGGCGCGAGAAAAGCGAGG